GUGUCGGGCUUUUUGGGGCUGGGUCCCGCCGCGGCUCGUCAUGGAGGAACAGGACGAGUAUCCCGACGCGGUUCUGGUCACAGAGGCCGGGCCGCAGUGGCUCCGAGCCGAAGUCGAGCGCCUUUCUCGGGAGCUCCGUGAAACGACCCACGAGAAGAUCCAAGCGGCCGAGUACGGACUAGCGGUGUUGGAGGAGAAGCAGCAGCUCAAACAGCGAUUUGAUGACCUGGAGAGCGAAUACGAGACCGUUCGACAGGAGCUCGACCAGCUGAAAGAGGCCUUUGGACAUGCUCACUCAACUCACAGGAAGGUGGCGGCAGAUGGGGAAAGCAGGGAAGAGUCACUGAUUUUGGAGUCUGCCAGCAAGGAGGCAGUCUAUCAGCAGAAGCUCCUAGAGUUGCAGAAUGAACUCCGACAGGCCAAAGUCUCCCUCACCAGCUCACAAGCUGAAAACGAUCGGUUGUCCUCCAUUGCCCUGGAGAUGAGAGAGAGCUCAGAGCUGAUGGAGCUUCAACGCAGUCAGCUGCGUGAUGACAUCAGGGAGUAUAAAGUGCGGGAGGCUCGUCUGCUGCAGGACUACAGUGAGCUGGAAGAAGAGAACAUCUCCCUUCAGAAACAAGUGUCUGUGCUGCGACAGAGCCAGGUAGAAUUUGAAGGUCUGAAACACGAGAUUCGCCGACUGGAGGAAGAUUCCCAGUGCCAAAACAGCCAGCUAGAGGAAGCUGUGCGUCUGAGAGAGAUCGCUGAGCGGCAGCUGACAGAGGCUUUAGAGACAAUUAAAACAGAGCGUGAACAGAAGUCCACCCUACGCAAGGAGCUCUCACACUAUAUGACCAUCGGUGGAUCUAUGUACAGUAGCUCUUUCAAUAUCUCUCUUGACAACCUCAAACUGACAGAUGAUCCCUCCGGUGGCACAGAGCCUGACAACGAUGAUCUAAUACAUGGAUUUGAGAAUGGCUUGUUCAAGGUAGCUGAUGGGGACAAAGACAACAGAGCUUCGGUGAACAAGAGAGGAGAAGGCUUUACGCCAGCUCCGAGCCUGGUGGACGACUUGCUUAGUGAGCUCAACAUCUCUGAAAUCCAGAAACUGAAACAGCAGCUUGCACAGGUUGAGCGGGAGAAAGUGGCCCUUAUCAACUCUCUCCAGGAAAACCAGAAGCAGUUGGAACAGGCCCAUGGGACUCUGUCCGAGCAACAGGAAACCGUCAACAGGCUGACGGAGAACCUCAGUGCGAUGAGGAAGCUUCAUGCCACUAAGGAGCGGCAGUCUGCCCUUGACAGUGAAAAAGAAAGAGACAGCCAUGAUGAUGGAGACUACUAUGAGCUGGACAUCAACGGACCUGAAAUCCUGCAGUGCAAAUAUACAGUGGCCGUGUCUGAAGCUGGCGAGCUGAGGCAAGAGCUCAAGACCGUGAGGGCAGAGUACCAAGAGUGUCGAACCCAGUACGAUGAUGAACGAGCACGGUUGGAGAGUGACAUCCAGGAUUUGACGACAAGAUUGACAUCCUUGGAGAAAUGCAGCCGAGUCGAUAAGGAGGAGCUGGCUCGUUUAGAGAAGGAGCUCCGACUGGUAACUGAGGCUGCAGGAGAAUCACUUGGCAGCCUCAACGUGGCCCAGGAUGAGCUGGUAGCUUUCAGUGAAGAGCUGGCCAAUCUCUACAACCAUGUAUGCAUGUGCAACAAUGAGACUCCUAAUCGAGUAAUGCUUGACUACUACAAAGAAGGCAAGGCCAGAGUGAGAAGGGGGCAAGAGGGCAAAGAGCCUCAUUCUUCUUCUGUACUCCUCUCCAAUGGGCUGAUAAGUGACACUGAACCAAGAAGUUCAGACAGCGGAACCACAGACGUUUCAACAUCGGAACACCGUCCAGAAUCUAUGAACAUCUAUAACCUUGUAGCCAUCAUCCGGGACCAGAUCCGCCACCUACAGCAUGCGGUAGACCGCACCACAGAGCUGUCACGACAGAGGUUAGCUAAUCUUGAGUUAAGCACUGUGGCAGACAAGGACAAGGAGGCUUGCAUGGAAGAGAUCCUCAAACUGAAGUCCCUUCUGAGCACCAAAAGGGAGCAGAUUGCCACUCUCAGAACCGUGUUGAAGGCCAACAAGCAGACAGCUGAGAUUGCUCUGGCCAACCUGAAGAGUAAGUAUGAGACUGAGAAGGGCAUGGUGACUGAGACUAUGAUGAAGCUCCGCAAUGAACUCAAGGCUCUGAAAGAAGAUGCUGCUACAUUCUCCUCCCUUCGAGCUAUGUUUGCCACAAGGUGUGACGAGUAUGUGACCCAGCUGGAUGACAUGCAGAGGCAACUGGCUGCUGCUGAGGAUGAGAAAAAGACCCUAAAUUCUCUCUUGCGUAUGGCCAUCCAGCAGAAGCUGGCCUUGACCCAGCGUCUAGAAGAUUUAGAGUUUGACCAUGAGCAAGCGCGACGCAAUAGUAACACAGUUGUGGGAGGAAAAGGCAAGAUGAAGGGCAAAGGAGCCUCUGCCAGUCGUCAUUAAAUCUCAGAAGCCAAGUGUCCUUACAGCAUUCCGUCAAAGUGACAGUUGCCAAUCUACUGUGCUUUUGGUUUAUUCAACUUUAAGUCAUGAUUCAACUACAUAUCAUUAUAGCACAAAAACAUACCUAGUAGUAUUUGUUUUCAAGUGCCAAAAUAAGGACAUAUAAAAUUCCAUUAAGAGAUGGUAGAAAAUCCAACUCAUCAUCAUCCAACCAGCAGCCAUUCAGUCUUCCUGCAAUGUGCACCACAAUAAGUAUUCAUCCUGAGGAACAACCCAAUGGUUGUGCUGAUUUCUCAUGGUCUGUGCUGGCCUGACUGAGCACUUUUUGGUUUACUCAGCUACUCUUGGAUAAUAUUUUGUUUUCUCUAUGUAACAUGUAAUGUAAGUGCAUAUUUACCCAUCAUGAUUCACAGCAGUAUUUCCAAAUCAUACACCCUAUUUUUUCAAUCAAUGUUUAUUCCAAAAAAUGAAAACCAGAGGAUAAUGUAGUAAUUACUUCAGAAGUGUAACUUCAUGCCUUGUUUAAAAUGAAACGGAAGAGACAAGGACAGUUGUUUUGGUGUCAUUUUGCCUUUGACUUUAUGUUAAGACCUUACAGUCAGAGGGGGUCUUUGCCACUGUCCUUAAAAGUAAAUAUUUGUAGUUACUGAAAUGAUAAAUACGUGUUAAGUUGUUUUCACUAUUUGACCCUGCGGUUUUGGAGCUAAGUGUCCACUAGAUGUUCUGCAAUCUGGUUCUUCCUGAUGACAUUGUUGGCCAUAAAGAUUCAAGCAUGCUUGUUAUGACUGA